AUGGACGAAGAAAAAGGUGAAGAACGGAUUAAAGGGAUGAAUGAACAUGUGGCAGCCAGAGCAGAAGACUAUCUUGAAUCGCUUCUUGCUGAUGCUUUUAAGGGGAAGGGAUUUCAGAAAAUAAGUGAACUGCUUCAAGAGAGAGAAGUAGAGCCUUCCCAGACAUACAGCAAGUCUCUCAUCAACCAGCUUGACAAAGCACUAAGAAAGGAGCUGGACAAGAAUGAAUUCCAGAAUGUCUCCCUGCUGCUGAAAAGUAUUCAGCUCUACUUAAAAAGUGAUCAUCACAAAGGGACAAGUUUGUUUAUUGAACAAGGACUGGUAGAAAAGAUGAGUAUAAUGCUGUAUACAAGUUACUAA